AUGGGAUGCCACCCCCACGGACUCUUCAGUAUUGGCGCUUUCACUCAUUUGUGUACUUCAUCGACUGGCUUUUCUGAAAAAUUUCCUGGUUUAAAACCAAAUUUACUUACUUUGAAUGGACAAUUUUGGUUUCCUUUUAGACGAGAAAUUGGGAUUGGAUUAGGUGUAGAGUCUUCCGCAAAAAGUCUUCGUUUUGUUUUAAAUAAUCCAAAAGGGGGAGCUCUUGCUGGAAUUGUUAUUGGCGGGGCUGAGGAAGUUUUGGAUUCGAAGCCGGGAAGUACCGAUUUGAAUCUGAUGAGGAGACUUGGAUUUUGCAGAAUUGCUCUAGAGACUGGAGCUUCACUAGUGCCAUCCUACAGUUUUGGAGAGAAUGACGUUUAUGAGCAAUAUACACAUCCCCGAGGUUCCCAAAUUAGAAAAAUACAGGUUUUUUAA